AUGGCAGACGACCGCUACCGACAAGACCAUCCUCCGCAUAGCCGACCGGAGGAUCGACAAUCUCAGCACCACUCUCAGUCUCAUUACCCACCAUCUGCGGAGAGCACUCCCCGACCUUCUGACGGACAGCGUGUCAACAGUAUGGCAGCUUCCAUCACUCUACCUCCCAUGCAGGACCAUCGUGCCGGGGGCUACGGCCCACCUCCUCACCCACAGGGUUACAGCUACCCUUCUGAUCCUCGUUAUGCCUCGCCCAACGCGACCAAUGGCUACCCUCCCCCACCUGGCCAAUCUGGCUAUCUCCCACCACCUCAGCAACAGUCAGAUCCUCGAGCUCCAAGCUACCGCCCUCCGGAGCAUCACUACCAGGGCAGGCCGCCUCCCUCUUACUCUCACGAUCCUCACUACCCGCCCCCUCAAGAUUACUAUUACCGCCAGCAGGCUCAAGGCCCUCCACCACCUCCUAGCCACUACCCUUAUGGACCACCAACCGGCGCGCCUCUUCACCACUACCCAGCCGACUAUGCCGGGGCACCACCUCCCCCAAUGGCUCAGGCGGCUCCCAGACAGCGCACAUCUAUUGCCUGCAAGUAUUGUCGCAAGCGCAAGAUCCGAUGCAGCGGCUACCAAAGUGCGCCUGGAGGAAAGUGUCAGAAUUGCGCGCGGAUGAACCAAGAGUGUGUAUUCCAGCCCGUGUCGUCCUCGAGCUCCACAGCAUUCAUUCCUGUCUCGGCGGUUCCUGGAGGCGUCCCCCCAGGUACUCCUCUAUUCGGUGCAUACGGCCAGCCUUUGCCGCAGACCCAUCACUACCCAUCCGCUGCCACCGCACAGCAGCCGCCGGGCUACCCGCACGCGGGAGCACCGCUACCCCAACAUGCUCAGCAACCGCCACACCACCCAUCGCAACAGGGUCCCCCGGCCCAAUCGCCUUCCGAAUCAUCGUAUUCAUACAAUUCGGGAAGGGCCGACGAGGGCUCUCAGACGAGCCGACGACGCCGCCGAUCAUCAGCCUCCCAGGAAGAGGGUGAACAGUUCCGCCUACCGCCGCCCAGACCUAACGUUGCAGAUGAAGAGCCCCGGCGGAGAUCACCCGCUGAGCACUCUAAUACCAGCAGCCCGGGAGUCGGGAGCUUCCCCCCAUUUGCCAGGAACAGUCCACGAAACCCACCCCUGCCACAGCUUCCGAUUAACACGAAUCCUGGACCAGGCAGCAACCCGGCAACUGGCAGCCACCUCUCACCUAUGCAGAGCGGACCGGCGACCACACAGAAUGGUUCGAGCGGUUCCUCCACACCAUCCCACAACCAAUCUGCUCGCCGAAGCCCCCCCGCUGCGUCAAAGUCGUCUCAGAGUGUCAUGAGCCUCAGCAAUUUGGUGGACAAGAAUGACAUUGAUAAAGGAAUGAUUGAUCGACUGAACCGCCCACGACAGUGA